UAAGUCAGAAAUACGAUGAAGUUAUGGCUACUUAUAUUCUUCUAGGUAGAAAACCACCUGAGUUGGAAGGUGGUGAGUCACUGUCCAGUGGGAACUUGUGUCAGCGGUCACGGCCGAGCAGUGACCUGAACAACAGCACCCUUCAGUCGCCUGCUCACCUCAAGGUCCAGCGAAGCAUCUCAGCCAACCAGAAGCAGAGGCGCUUCAGUGACCACGCCGGUCCCUCCAUCCCCCCUGCUGUCUCAUACACCAAAAGGCCCCAGGCCAACAGUGUGGAGAGUGAACAGAAGGAGCAGUGGGACAAAGACACAGCCCGCAGACUUGGCAGCACCACGGUGGGCUCAAAGAGCGAAGUCACAGCCAGCCCCUUGGUGGGGCCAGACAGGAAAAAGUCCUCAGCUAGCCCAAGUNACAACAUAUAUUCUGGCGGUAGCAUGGCGAGGAGGAAUACGUAUGUGUGUGAGAGGAGCACGGACCGGUAUGCAGCUUUGCAGAAUGGAAGAGACAGCAGCCUUACAGAGAUGUCUGCCAGCAGUGUGUCCUCGGCAGGCUCCACCGUGGCCUCUGCUGGCCCCUCAGCACGCCCCCGCCACCAGAAGUCCAUGUCAACCUCUGGCCACCCUAUUAAAGUUACACUGCCAACCAUUAAAGACGGCUCUGAAGCCUAUCGGCCCGGCAGUACAGCUCAGAGAGUGCCUGCUGCUUCCCCAUCUGCUCACAGCAUCAGUGCCAGCACUCCAGACAGGACCCGCUUCCCCCGAGGGAGCUCCAGCCGAAGCACUUUCCAUGGGGAACAGCUCCGAGAGCGACGCAGUGCAGCUUAUAAUGGACCACCUGCCUCCCCAUCCCACGAAACGGGUGCGUUUGCACAUGCCAGAAGGGGAACGUCAACUGGGAUCAUCAGCAAAAUCACCUCCAAGUUCGUCCGCAGGGAUCCAAGUGAAGGCGAAGCCAGUGGCAGAACUGACACAGCCAGAGGCCCAUCAGGAGAGCCAAAAGAGCGAGACAAAGAAGAGGGGAAGGAGGCCAAGCCGCGCUCUCUGCGGUUCACGUGGAGCAUGAAGACCACCAGUUCCAUGGACCCCAAUGACAUGGUGAGGGAGAUCCGCAAAGUGCUGGAUGCCAACACCUGUGACUAUGAACAGAAAGAGCGCUUCCUGCUCUUCUGCGUCCACGGGGAUGCCAGGCAGGACAGCCUCGUGCAGUGGGAGAUGGAGGUCUGCAAGUUACCUCGGCUGUCACUCAACGGGGUCCGCUUCAAGCGAAUAUCCGGGACAUCUAUUGCCUUUAAGAACAUUGCAUCCAAAAUAGCCAAUGAGCUUAAGCUGUAAAGCUGUGUAAGUGCUGGGAUCAGGGAAGAUGCACUCACAUCUAAGGUACAGUUUCUGAAUGUACUGGUGACACCUAAUGUGGUCCAGCUGUGAAUCUCCCAUAUAGAAAUUGUCCUUAAUGCAAUAAGGUUAUACAUAGUUACGAGCUGUAAAAUCCAAGUCCGUCUGAGCUAUAAUAAGAAUCGUAGUUUCAAAAGUAGGUUCACAUGUACAGGUAAGUAUAUUGUGUAUUUCUGUCCAUCUUCUGUUCAUAGAGUUGUAUAAUAAAAUAUGACUGCUUUAAAAACCUG